AUGGACGUGGAUUGGAUAGACAUGGAUGAGGCCGGCGUCGCUUGGCUGGGAAACAUGGGUGAAUGCAAUAGCUUGCUGGUAAGAUGGCCGGGCCCUGUCCAUACGUAUUUUGCAUUUUACUUGAGCACCCAUGUUUACGUCUCACACCAGGACGAGUACUCAUAUCAACCCAACGAGGCAUUUGGUUCCACGCCAAACCUGUUCAACACCGGCGAUAGUGGUGCCAUUCCAUGCAUAAAAGAACCUGGCUCCGAGUUCGGCCAAGAGAUGGACCAAUUCAUUCGCCUUCCGUACCCUUCCCUGGUAUCUGAUCUGUCUUUAAAUCACUAUCAGCGCACAUCUAUAUCGGAGUCCUCUACUUGCUCCAACUCCAACGAUACCUCACCUCCUGAAGAGGCACUGCCUCUCAAACCCAUACAAGAACCUUGCGGUCAAAUCCAUCCGACACAAUUUUCCAAUGACCAGCGGAAUAGCUCCACGUCCACAGCUAUGGAUUCCACCGAGACACAUCCCACGAAAGACAGACGCCCAAGAACACGCCGCAAGAGGGCAGCGCGCAACACAAAGGUAGACGACGAUGACGGAUGUUUCAAAAAUAGUCCUGCUGCUGGUGAAAAAAAUCACCGGCUGCGGGGCUGUCACAACCAAGUAGAGAAGAACUAUCGCAGCAGGUUGAACAACGAGUUUCAGCUGCUGCUGGAUGCGCUUGCAGACUGUACAAGUGAGAAGGAUAUGACGUCGGCGGGCUUCGCAGACCGUGGCACCAAGAACCAGAGCAAAGGGUCGACUUUGCGACUUGCCAGGCGCAGGCUGUUGGCGCUGCAUACGGAAAAUCGCCUUCUUGGUAGUGAGUUGAGGGCGAUAAGACAUGCAUGGACGGAAUGGCAAAUGGCAUGGAGCGGCAACAACCCCGUCACGCAGGAGUACUGA